AUGAUCAUCGGAAUCAGCGGUUCGUUAUCCAUUGUCUACUGUACAAUCGGCCUUUGGGCACUCGAGCGAUUCGGUCGCGUCAAGCCCCUCAUCAUCUCCGCUGCUGGUCUUGGAGCCGCUCUCGUCUGCAACGCCGCCAUGUCCCAACACCUCAACCCCAACAAUGAAAACAUGCUUCGCGCUAUGGUCGCCAUGAACUUUGUCUUCUCGCUCUUCUACACUCCUCUCGGUAUCAUCUCUUGGGUUUACCCUGCUGAGAUCUUCCCAGUCGAGGUCAGAGCUUUCGGAAACGCGACAACGACAUUCACGAACUGGGUGCUCAACCUCAUCUUUGCUCAGUUCACUCCUCAGGCCCUGAAGACGAUUGGCUUCCGCUAUUUCUACGUCUUCUUUGUCUUCAAUGUGAUUGCCAUGCUCUGCUAUAUCUUCUUUUANCCCUGGUAA